UCUUUUCCUCUCCUGAUCUUUCAUUUUGUUAGACUCUUAUACACUUUGGUGCAUUACGGGUCCUUCAAGUCCCUCUAUUCGGAGCCUGGAGGACCCUAUUCAUUCUGUUUUCGUUGAUCUCAUCGUUUUUCAGGAAAUACGUGUUGCCUGUUUUACAUUUUUCUUUGACAAUCUUCAAUCUCUAUCUCCCUGUAAGACUUCAUGCAACACAAAUUAUGAAUCCAGGGAGCUACACGGGAAUUGAUAAAACGCUUUAAUUGAAGAACAUAUAUAUAUAUCUAAAACAUACCCUUUUUCUUUUUCUUUUUCCCUCGGGCGAAGUUAUUUAUUCUUUGUGUGUCUUUUAUUUUUGAAAAAAGAUUAAUAGACGUGUAUAUUAUAGCAUAAAGAAUGAAUUGUUUGCCAUGCCUUAGAGGAAAGAAAUCUAAAGGAAAGAAACCAGAUGGAAAGAACGAAGAUAAGAAGGAAGAAGGGGAGUUGCCUGUGGCACAACCUAAAGAAAAUCCUCUGAAAAAACAAACUACUGUGAAAAUCACCGGUUCAAACAAAAAAUAUGAUUCAUACAAACAAAACGAUUCAAGCAAACAAGAGCAAAUCGUUGACAUUGAUGAUGGUGUUGGUGGGGGUGGCGCUACGGUUGCUGCUCAGCCUGUUGUUGUUGCUCCGGUUGCUUCUGCCACCACUACUCCAUACGAACCCAUAGAAGAAGUUCCGACUGGUUCAUUCAAAUUGCAUGAGUUAGUCGCAGCCACCAAGAAUUUCAAGAGAGAAUGUCUAUUAGGAGAAAGUGGAUUUGGAAAAGUUUAUAAGGGAACUUUGGCUGAUGGCAAGGUUGUGGCUGUGAAGCAACUGGAUAAAAAUGGUUUCAAAGAAAACAUCGAGUUCUUAGAAGAAGUGAGCAGGUUGAGUGCUCUUCAGCAUCCAAAUCUUGUAGAUCUUAUCGGAUAUUGUGUUGAGGGAGAUCAGAAGCUUUUGGUUUAUGACUACAUGCCAAACGGUUCCCUUAAAGAUAAUCUAUUUGAGAAAAGACCAUUAGAUUGGAUCACAAGGAUGAAAGCUGCCUCAGGAGCUGCACAAGCGAUGCAAUAUUUACAUGAGAAAGUCAAUCCACCUGUUUUGUGUCGCAACCUUAAGGGUACCAAUGUUUUGUUGGAUGAAAACUUUGAACCGAAGGUCACAGAUUAUGGGUAUGUCAAUCUAGAGAGUUACACCGGUAAUGUGCAGCAAAGGGUGGUCGGAAUGGUUGGUUGUGCUCCAGAAUAUGAAAAAACGGGUCAACUCACAGUCAAAUCUGAUGUUUAUAGCUUCGGAGUUAUUCUAUUAGAGCUUAUCACUGGGAGAAAAGCUUUGGACACCUCUCGCCCUAGAGAUGAACAAAAUCUUGUGUCUUGGGCACAACCAUAUUUUAGAGAUCCAAAGAGAUUCCAAGAACUAGCUGAUCCUAUGUUUAAAGGAGUAAUUCCUGAAAAGAAUUUAAAUCAAGCUGUUGGUGUAGCAGCUAUGUGUUUACAAGAGGAGACAUACAUGCGUCCAUUGAUAUCCGACAUUGUAGAUGGUUUGAGCUUCCUCACAGAAGAUCCUGAAGGGUUUACGACACUAGCAGCAAGUGAGCUUGAUCUCAAGGUGGAGCCAUAUAACCCGCCUUCAUCCUCAUCCUCCUCAUCAUCAUCGUCAGACUCUGAUUCAGAAAAUGAGCUUAAAGUGAAGAUAGAGCCAUUUAAUCGACCUGUGCUAGAACCAAAUCCAAAGCCACAGCCUGAGCUGGUAUCGGAUUCUGAACAGGAGUCUGAGUUGGAGCCAGAACCCCAGCCAGAGCCCGAGCCGGAACCAGAGCCUGAGCCUGAACCUGAACCUGAACCUGAACCUGAACCUGAUUCAAGUUCAAGUUCAAGUUCAAGUUCGGAUUCAGAUCCAGAGCCUGAGCCAGUACCGGUUCCUAUGCCAGAACCGGUACAAGAACCAGUGCCAUCAAGUUCAAGUUCAAGUUCAAGUUCAAGCUCAAGUUCAGACUCUGAGCCAGAGCGAGAGCCAAUAUUAGUGCCAGAAAUACAACCAAUGGCCGAACCUAGUCAGAAAGAUCAAACUUCUUCUGAUGAUAAUUCUGAUGAUUCAUCGGUUGUAUAUGAGGAAGAUGCGUAUAGCGAAGAGGAAUUUUCAGAUGAAGACAAGACAAACACAUCAAAUCUACUAAAAUCUAAGUCAAAACCACGAACGAAACCCACCAAAAAGAGAGUUGUGUUUAACACAGAAGGAAAUGACUCAACAAAGCCAAAACCAAAAAGGAUGAAUUCUAGUCGGAGCAAGAAGACCUUGAAAGGUGAUCGAAGCAAAAAUAAAAGCAUGCGUAAAUCUAAAUCGAAGGGAGAUGACCAUAGUGAUAUAGAGUUUACAGAUGAAAGUGAUGGUGAGGAUACAAGUCAAAGGUAUACAAGUACUAUUUCGAGGUUCAUGAGUGCUAAUUCAAAAGUUUACAGAGGAUAUGCCGAUGAGAGUGACAAUGAUUCAAGUUCAGAGGGCGAAAAAUAGAGGAACAAUAUUUGCACCCAUAUUCCAUUAACUCAUGGUUUUCAUCGACCAAAUGGAAACAAGAUAAACAUGAGUUCAAAAUUUCUUCUAUCCGUAUUCAUAAUUGACAAUCUUUCCCUCAUAUAGACUAUGUCUUCUCAA